AUGGGUCCGUUUCCAGUAGUGGAGCGAGUUGGGCCGUUGGCGUACAGGCUGGAGUUGCCUGAGAUUAUGAGAGCCUUUCACAAGGUUUUUCAUGUGUCGAUGCUGAGGAAGUGUCUUCACCCUACAGAGGAGUUAGUGGCUAGGAUUCCAGAGGAUCUUAGGCCAGAUUUGACAGUGCCGGCAGUGCCUGUGAGGAUUUUAGAGAGGAGGGAUAAGGUUCUGAGGAACAAGAGGAUUCCCUUUGCUGAGAGUUUUGUGGGAUUGCAGUGGUUCUACAGAGGAGACUUGGGAGCCAGAGGCAAAGAUGAAGUUGAAGUUCAGGAAGUGGUUCGACAAGCAGGUCGAGGAAAUGGUUCGGAUGUUGUCGUGAGACGGUCUAAUCUUAUUGUCAUAGACGUUUUCCAGAAUUUUUACUUCAAGGGCUGCGGUCCUGAAUAA